GGCGAUGAAGACGUUCUGUUUUCUCCUGCUGUCAAUCAUCUCCGGUGGCUCCGCUGAAGGCGGGGUAGCCACGCCCCCACUGUCAAUCACCUGCUCGUCUUCCUUCCAGACAUGUCUCCACCAUCCAUUCAUCUCAACUCUCAAUUGCUACUGAACGGGUCUGAAGUGGUCUUGAACGCCGGCUCCACCUUCAGCCUCAGUUGUCAGGGCAACGCUUCGGUCCGCUGGUCCUCCACUGCGUUUCGUUCGCCGCCCGCCCAGAAUGGCGUGCUGGAAGUCCGACACACCGGAACGUACCGCUGUUCCUACGUCAACCGGAGUCUGGAGCAUUUGCACACUCAAACCCACCUGUACGUCAAAGACCCGUCCAGCAUCUUUGUCACGCCUCGUGGGAUGACCCCCACCGUCAAAGAGGGCCAAGACUUCCUGGUCAGGUGUCUGCUGACAGACCCGUCCGUCACAAACCUCACCCUCCAAUCAGAGGACCAACAACUCCCCAAUGGCAUGAACGUGACCUUUGACCCCCACAGAGGAGCUCUCAUCCAUAAGGUCCAGAAAGACUUCAACGGACGUUACUUCUGCUCGGGAUCCAAACUUGGGAGACACUUCAGAUCCAAAAGUCUCAACCUGCUGGUGGCACCAAGUCAUCGUCAUCCUCCUCAGGCGUCUCUCAAACAGAGUGAAUUUUUCCGCCUGGAAGGAGAAACCUUCGAGGUCACCUGUGUGACAAGUAACCCCUCCCACUUCUACACUGUCACCUGGACAGACCCCCACGAGCAGGCUCCAAACGUCACGGUGACUCGUCACUACAGCAGCCAUCUGCAGAUGAACAGCACUCUGAGCGUUGUCGGCGUGACUCGGAACGACAGCGGACGUUACGUGUGCACGGCUCGCAACGAGGCCGGCGAGGCGACGGCGGCUGCGACGCUAAACGUCCUCGACGCUCCCUUCCUGAAGGCGUUCCUACAGCGGCGUGCUAAUGCUCCAGGGAACGCGAACGUGAGCAGCGGCUGGGCGGAGCUCAGUGGAGAACUACACGCUAACGCGACGGACGACUGGGAAAUGCUCGCUAACGUUAGCACUGACGAAGAGGGCGCUGAUGUGGUCGGCGGCAGCGUGGUGUACGUGCAAGAAGGCGGAGACGUCGCAUUGACGGUUGCCGUGGAAGCGUAUCCGCCAAUCAGGAACCUGGACUGGAUGACGCCGACGCACACCAAGAAGACGCGGAGCUACACGGCUAACGGCUACGGGUCGCUAACGAGCCUGCGGCUGCGUCGCGUUCGCUACGAGGAGGAAGGUCGUUACGCUCUCCGAUUCGCCAACUCGUUCUUCAACGGCUCCCUAAACUUGGACCUGCGAGUUCUCCGCGCGCCGAGCAGCCUCAUCACGGUGGACAACGACACGCUGACCUGCAGCAGCUCGGGCUUCCCCCUUCCCACAAUGCUUUGGGUCACCUGCGGCGGCCUCGUCCACACGUGCGGCAACAUCUCCGGCGAUCGGGUUGAGGACGUGGCGACACAGGAAGGGGAGGAGCUUAAGAAGCACAUGCCCCUCCCUCAGUCGCCGGCCGAUGACGUCACCAUCGAGUGUGUCUCCUUUAACAGCGUGGGACUCUCGCGGGACGUCUUCAUGCUUCGAAGUCAGAGCUUCUUCAAGCAGCCUCUUUUCGUCGCCUUGAGUGGCUCCGCUGUGGCACUUUUGCUACUCUUGUUGUCCGUCAUUCUACGGAUGAAAAUGAAACCAAAAUACGAAAUCCGCUGGAAGAUCAUCGAGAGCUGCGACGGCAACAACUACACCUUCAUCGACCCCAACCAGCUGCCCUACAACCUCGAGUGGGAGUUUCCCCGGGAUAAGCUCCGCCUCGGUGCUGUUUUAGGCUCGGGGGCCUUCGGAAAGGUGGUGGAGGCCACAGCGUACGGCCUCAGUACCGAGGAGGACGUGACCCGUGUAGCCGUCAAAAUGCUCAAACCGAGCGCUCACUCGGAGGAGCGGGAGGCUCUCAUGUGCGAGCUGAAGAUUCUCAGCUAUCUCGGUUACCAUGACAACAUUGUCAACCUGCUGGGAGCCUGCACUCAAGGAGGCCCCAUGCUGAUGAUCACGGAGUACUGUAGCCAUGGCGACCUGCUCAAUUUCCUGCGUGUGCACACCCAAGACUUCAUGGCGGCCAUAUUGAACACCAAAUACUCCAAUGUGACGGGUCAGGACGUCAGGCUCAGGAGUGACAGUGGGAUCUCUUGUUGUUCCGAGUAUCAGGAAAUGAAACCGAUGCGUUCACCCUCAGGUGCGCACGUGGAGCGUUUGUCUGUCAGCGAACUUAUGAGGUUUUCGCACCAGGUGGCUCAGGGUUUGGACUUCCUGUCAUCACGAAAUUGUAUCCACAGAGACGUUGCAGCGAGGAAUGUCCUACUAACCGACCGCCACUUUGCAAAAAUCUGCGACUUUGGUUUGGCAAGAGACAUUCGCAAUGACGACAGUUACAUUGUCCAGGGCAACGCGCGUCUCCCGGUCAAGUGGAUGUCUCCAGAGAGCAUCUUCCAGUGUGUUUACACGGUACAGAGUGACGUCUGGUCCUACGGAGUCCUACUGUGGGAAAUCUUCUCCCUAGGUAAGAGUCCAUACCCCAAUGUUGCUGUGGAUACCAACUUCUAUAAGAUGAUCAAAGAUGGAUGUCACAUGGAUCAGCCCGAAUUCGCUCCAGCCCAAAUGUACCAGCUGAUGACUCUGUGUUGGAAUCUGGAGCCGACAGACAGACCGACCUUCAAAAUGAUUGGUGAGAUGAUCGAGAAGCUCCUCCCUUCCUGCAACAAUGCGGGUCAGAGUGAACAGCCAACGUACAAGAAUAUCGACGAGUGUGGAGAAGAAGAGGAGUUCGAAGAAGAGGAGGUUAGAAAUGGCGAGUCACUGAAGGGGGAGGAGCAAAGUGGCAGCCAGGAAGACGAGGAGGCGAAGAGGAUGAACAUCUACCAACUCUCAUGAUGCUUUCCACUAAUCAUGUUGUUCUCAUCUCUCAUGUCAUGUAUUUUUACUGUCUUCCUCCAUACCGGUCCUUCUCAAAUAAUGGGGCAUGGUGCGAGGCCAGGGGGGAACGUGUGUGACCUCGGGGAACAUGCUUUUUUUUUGCCUUACCAGAAUAUGCUGAAGCGUACACUACCGUUCAAAAGUUUGGGGUCACCCAAACAAUUUUGUGGAAUAACCUUCAUUUCUAAGAACAAGAACAGACUGUCGAGUUUCAGAUGAAAGUUAUCUUUUUCUGGCCAUUUUGAGCGUUUAAUUGACCCCACAAAUGUGAUGCUCCAGAAACUCAAUCUGCUCAAAGGAAGGUCAGUUUUGUAGCUUCUGUAACGAGCUAAACUGUUUUCAGAUGUGUGAACAUGAUUGCACAAGGGUUUUCUAAUCAUCAAUUAGCCUUCUGAGCCAAUGAGCAAACACAUUGUACCAUUAGAACACUGGAGUGAUAGUUGCUGGAAAUGGGCCUCUAUACACUUAUGUAGAUAUUGCACCAAAAACCAGACAUUUGCAGCUAGAAUAGUCAUUUACCACAUUAGCAAUGUAUAGAGUGUAUUUCUUUAAGGUUAAGACUAGUUUAAAGUUAUCUUCAUUGAAAAGUACAGUGCUUUUCCUUCAAAAAUAAGGACAUUUCAAUGUGACCCCAAACUUUUGAACGGUAGUGUAUGUAGUACUUCACUGUAACCACAGUGGGAGACGAGGAAAGACCGGUGUGUUUUUUCCUUUUAUGUUAAUAAGCUUACAAAGUAAUGGCGUAACAGAAAGUAUUUGAGAAGUACUGCUCUAUACUAUAUAAUGCACUGUAGUAUAGUCCAUACACUGUAAAUGUAUAGUAUACAACAGGGGUGUCCAACUUACAGCCCACCUGGCGUCUUCAGACGGCACAAGUUCAUUCAAUAAACAAUGGCGGGAAGUUCUAUAUUAAUAUCAUAUACAAAUAGCCUGGGGUCUGAGUGCUGCCAUUUUGUCGCCAUGUGGUGGCUAAUGAAAUCACCUCCACCAUUAAUUAAACUUGCAAGGAUGACAGCACUGCAUUUACUUAUAUAACACAAUCCAAACCACCUAGUCGUGGUGCAGAAAGUAAAAAAAAUCAACCAGCACAAAAAGUCUGCAAACAUGGUCACAAAUAACACAACCUGCUCAUUUAACUUUGUGGAUGUUAUAAAAAAAAUACAUCAUAUUAAAAAAUCUGAAUUACACCAAUUUAAAUUCAUUACAAGGGAUGAUGGGAAAAAUGCAAAACACUCUCUCCACACUUAUCCAUGUUUGGCGCAUUUUAACAGCUUAAUAUUUCUGAUUGAUAAUAACAAAACUUUAAGGUCAUACUAUUAAUAAACAUUCAUAAUAAUUAUUAAUUAUAUAUCCAUUUUAUUGUUAUUGUAGUAAUAUGUAAAAACUAGGGUUGUACGGUAUACCGGUACUAGUGAAGUACAGCGAUACUAAUGAAUCAUAAACAGUACUAUACCGCCUCUAAAAAAUACUGAUUCCCCUUGUCGUGACAUUGCUGGGUUAACGAGCAGAGGAGCAUGUUCGGCAGUGCACAGUCACAGAGUACUUACAAGCAGAGACGGUGUGUAGACAGGAAAGGGAGAAUGGACGCCUUUUGGCCUAAAAACUAAAGAUAAAGCUGAAGCAAUAACACUAAAACGCUGCCCUGCAAGAGGUGCUUUAAAACAUGGCUAGCUAGCUAGCGGCUAACGUCCAUCCGCAGUCGGCAGUGUUUUAGCUACUUCUAAAUCACUAAUCAUCGCCUCCAUAGCGGCAAAUAAAGUAUGUUUUCUCAAAAGUAUCAUUCCUGCAGCACGAGGAAUAGCUAAACAUGCUUCACUACACACCGUAGGAGGAUACAAUAACUCACCGGCGUCACCGCUAACAAGCUGGCGCUUCACAAUGUAAAAAAACGCCAUGGGUGGAUCUACACCUGACAUCCACUGUAAUGAUACUGUGAGAAUGAGAUAUUUUUAAGUGUUCUUUUUUAAUCCAUAGCCAUGUUUAAAGCAGCUAGUAUUUUCUCAUGUAGUGUGUCUUUUCGUGACCUCCUUACUUUUAUCUUAUGUCAGCUAGUAAACUCUUUGUUUUGUCUUAAGGGUUCCUGUUUGUCGGCUCACAGAGCUGUUUUAGUCAGUUCCUUAUUUGUUUUGAAGACGCAGCUGUGCUCCUUUCUGGGCGAGAGGGGCUGUUUUCACUCUACCUAAGCUGACUCUUUUUGUUUGGAUUUCGACCUCGCUUGCUGAUGCUAUGGUGGGCGUUGUAAGGGCUGGUCUCCUGAAGCUUCAGUAAAACUUGAUAUUGUACCAUUCUGUCUCUGGGGUCCUUUUUACUCAACAUAUAUGUCAUCCAAAAGAACUUGGGAUUGACCAGUGUGUUUUAUUCCCUGAGAGGAAGACUGGUCGCGUGGAACAAUACCAACAACAGUACAAGAGCUUAUCUAGUCGAUAAUACUAUGAUUAGAUCGAUAUUUUUUAUCAUCACAAGAUCUUUUUUUAAAUUUUUUAUAUUAUGUUUAUAAACUCAGGAAAUGUGGACCAAUGUAUGAUCCUGUAACUACUUGGUAUCGGAUCGAUCUGUAUACAUGGUUCACUACAAAUUUCGGUACCAAUGAUGGGCAAGCUACUUGGAAAAUGUAGUAAGCUAAGCUUCAAGUUACUCUCGAUUAAAGGUAGCUAAACUACAGGGGAAGCUAUGCCCAGUGAAUUGUAGCAAGCUACACUACUACGUCAAAGCAAGCUACAUACACUACUACGUCAAAGCUACAUACAUUAUGAUGCCAAGUAUGACAUGCAUUAAGCUACAGAAACCCAUUUAACGGCAUUUAUAUCUAUG